GACAAGGAUGUUGAGGAGUCUUCUCUUAAUGGCUUCAGAGGAAGAGAAGACUUUUGUGGCCACGAGUCCAUGCAGGAAGACGUUCGUGCAGCCAUCCGAUCAUUCCUGACUAGCGAAGACCUGAGUAGCAAAAUUGUAUGGAGCAACGAUCGAGUGCAACCCCGAGGAAAGUCAAUGAUUGCUCGGUUGUUCGGAAAGGAGUUGAAUUCCGAACUCAUCGUUUCCUUUAUGAUGAUCUUGCACGCUCGCCAUCCACAUGUCCGCUUCUUGCCUACCUAUGUUCAGAUUAAUGUUUGGAAUGCCGUGGAAAAAAUGAAAACUAGAAAAAAGUGGUACAAGGAAGACUAUGAGGUGUGUACUUCUAAGCUAAGUAGAAGUAUUGUUGCCAUGCUAGAUGAGCUCAUUGGGGACAUCUCUAGUGCUAAGUUUGUGUUCUUCCCCACGAUCAUGAAAUUUCACUUUUUCUUGGUCGUCUUAGACGUUCAAGAAAAGAAAUUUAUAUAUCAUAACUCGUUGGAUGGUUUCAUUUACCAAGGAGUUGGGAAAAGUUUG